GCCGCGCUUCCUCUCACUAGGCCUGCGAGCUUCCUCCCAUCGGAGCCCGGGCGAGCUGAGGUUGGCCACCACCGCCGAGCCUGCUACCUUCCUUGCGCUCCCGCGCCACCCCGCGCCCUGCUCCGGGGUUUCCCACCGGGGUGGGGUCCGAGCAGGGUCAGCCCCGGCCGCGCCGCCGUCGGGGCCGUCCCCCAGCCAGCGGUCCCUCCCUCCUGGCCAGCCUCUGGCCGCCCAGCCUCCUGGGUGUGGGGCUCAGACAAGCCCCGCAGACCGUGAUCGAACGCCCGGGGCGGCCCCCGGCGGCCGGCGCGACGUCCCCAAACCGAACCUCGGUGGCCGCGUUCGGAAGCGGAACUCUGCCGGGGCCGCGCCGGCUACAUUGUUUCCUCCCCCCGGACUCCCUCCCGCCCCCUUCCCCCGCCUUUCUUCCCUCCCCGCCUGGGGCUGCGCGGCAGUCCCCCUGCCUGUCUGGCGGUCCUUCCUCCCUCUCUUUUCGCAUCCAUACACCUCUUUGUACCGCACCCCCUGGGGACCCCUGCGCCCCUCCCCUCCCCCUUGGCCGCAUGGACUGUCCUGUAGGCCACUGAUGCCGCCCGCGGUGAGGAGGCCUGGACCGCAGUGCCCCCAGAGAGUUCUAAUGGUACCAAGUAACAGACCGGCCUUCCUGUAGCACGGGGACGCCACAUCUCAGAAGAUGUCAGCUAUACAGGCCUCCUGGCCAUCCGGUACAGAAUGUAUUGCCAAGUACAACUUCCAUGGCACUGCCGAGCAAGACCUUCCCUUCUGCAAAGGAGAUGUGCUCACCAUUGUGGCUGUCACCAAGGACCCCAACUGGUACAAAGCCAAAAACAAAGUGGGCCGUGAGGGCAUCAUCCCAGCCAACUAUGUCCAGAAGCGUGAGGGUGUGAAGGCAGGCACCAAGCUCAGCCUUAUGCCCUGGUUCCACGGCAAGAUCACACGGGAGCAGGCAGAGCGGCUUCUCUACCCACCAGAGACAGGCCUGUUCCUGGUGCGGGAAAGCACCAACUACCCUGGGGACUACACACUGUGUGUGAGCUGUGAAGGCAAGGUGGAACACUACCGCAUCAUGUAUCACGCGAGCAAGCUGAGCAUUGAUGAGGAGGUGUACUUCGAGAACCUCAUGCAGCUGGUGGAGCACUACACCACAGAUGCCGAUGGACUCUGCACUCGCCUCAUCAAACCAAAGGUCAUGGAGGGCACAGUGGCGGCCCAAGAUGAAUUCUACCGCAGUGGCUGGGCCCUGAACAUGAAGGAACUGAAGCUGCUACAGACGAUAGGAAAGGGGGAGUUUGGAGAUGUGAUGCUGGGGGAUUACCGAGGCAACAAAGUUGCAGUCAAGUGCAUUAAGAAUGAUGCUACAGCCCAGGCCUUCCUGGCUGAAGCCUCUGUCAUGACGCAGCUUCGGCACAGCAACCUAGUCCAGCUACUGGGUGUGAUUGUGGAGGAGAAGGGUGGGCUCUACAUCGUCACAGAGUACAUGGCCAAGGGGAGUUUGGUGGACUAUCUUCGAUCACGUGGUCGUUCGGUGCUAGGCGGAGACUGUCUCCUCAAAUUCUCACUAGACGUCUGUGAAGCCAUGGAGUACCUGGAGGGUAACAAUUUUGUGCACCGGGACUUGGCUGCCCGGAAUGUGCUGGUGUCUGAGGACAACGUGGCCAAAGUCAGUGACUUUGGCCUCACUAAGGAAGCUUCCAGCACUCAGGACACAGGCAAACUGCCAGUCAAGUGGACAGCUCCUGAAGCCUUGAGAGAGAAGAAAUUUUCCACCAAGUCUGAUGUGUGGAGUUUCGGAAUCCUUCUCUGGGAAAUCUAUUCCUUCGGGCGAGUGCCUUACCCAAGAAUUCCCCUGAAGGACGUCGUCCCUCGGGUGGAAAAGGGCUAUAAGAUGGACGCUCCGGAUGGCUGCCCACCCGCAGUCUAUGAUGUUAUGAAGAACUGCUGGCACCUGGAUGCUGCCACGCGGCCCACCUUUCUGCAGCUUCGAGAGCAGCUCGAGCACAUCAGAACCCAUGAGCUGCACCUGUGACCUCUGCCUCUGCCUAGGCCAUGGCCUUGCAGGGAUGGGGCCUAGAAGAUACAGAUUUGGUGCCCUGCUGCUUGCUGGGCCUGAACUUGAACUGAGCCCCAGCGGGCUGGUAGGCCUCUUGCCUCUGACCUGCCUGUCCCUUCUGGCCCCCAGAGACCCCACCUAGGCCUGGCAUCUUCUCUCACGGACCCACCUAUAGGGCUUAGGGCGCCCACUGAAGGGGCUGAGAAGAGAGGAGGCCGAGGAGCGGGAGGCAGUGCCCCUGUGGUCGGCCUUCUCUCAGCCCCAUCAUUCGCCUUCUUAGAGUUUUAUUCCUUUCCUUUUUUGAGAUUUUUUUCCGUGUGUUUAUUUUUUAUUAUUUUUCAACAUAAGGAGAAAGAAAGUACCCAGCAAAUGGGCAUUUUACAAGAAGUACGAAUCUUAUUUUUCCUGUCCUGCCCCUGGGGGUGGGGAGGAAUCAGCCUCUCUCUAGGGACCCAUCACCCCAGCCUGUCCCCCAUCCUGUGUUCCAUGUCCAGUGUUGCCUCGGUCGCCUAUGUUUGCGCUUGACCAUGUGCGCUGUUUGCAUGUGCCCAAGGCAGGCAUCUGUCAGGGGCUUGGAUUUCAUGUGCUGUGGCCGCUCACCCACACUGCCUUGUGAGAUGGAAUCGUAAUAAACCACUCCAUGAGGACACCGCCA